AUGCCCUGCGAUUUCACACCACUCAUCCUCGAUGUGGUGUCGGAAUCGAAGCCUUCUCCAUUUCACGAGGCCUGCAACCCCCUUUCGCCACCGUUCGCCGCUGAUUCCAUCGAUCUGACAUCCGUCGUGAUGAAGAAGCAUAGCUCCUCCGUGUCGCCGGCAUCUCCGGUGUCUCGGCCCUCUCUGAGCGGAGUUCUAUCCCCUCGGCCCUCCUCCCAGGAAACCCUAAUCGAAGGGGCUUUGUUCUCGGCUGACGCCGAUUCCACAGAUCCGGUGCCCUUCUCCGAUACUCCGGUUAAUUCUUCCCAGGAAACCCUAAUCCAAGGGGCUUUGCUCUCUGUGCCCGUGGAUUCCACAGAUCUGGUGCCCUCCUCCGAUGCUCCGGCCUCUCCGGUCUCUGUCAAACCUCUGAGCCAUUAUCUGGUUCCCCCCUUGACGGAGCACUUUUAUGAGGAAGCCCUGCUCGAAGGGCUUGAGACGGAAGAUCUCUAUAGGAUGGUGGUCGCUGAUACACUGUCUCCUUGGUCAGACGUGGAAUUCGGUGCCGAACCUGAGACGGAAGGGUGGACGGCAGUCCAAGAAACAGAGCCGACGCCGGUUACAAAGCCGACAAUCACUUCCAUGAUUAUGAUGAGGACCUUGCUUCCUGACUUCUUCAAUUUGCCCACAGACGAGACACCGUCCGUUUCGAAGAUUUGAAGAUAGAGACAGCCUCCUUCAUGGCUCCUUUCUGUGGCUUGCCGUUUUUCAGAUUUUGGAGUAAAUAUUGCACAAUCCGAUUCCUCUCUUGGUUGCUUAGAUUUUUGCUCACCAUUGUUGGUGAUUUUUGUAUUUUGAAGGUUGGAAAUUUCUGUACAGCAGCCCCUUAUUUAUAGAUUAAGUUAGAUAGCCUUUUGAAGUUCUCAAGAAUGUAAAAACUGGCGCCCAAUUUUUGGGUUUUCAUUUCAAUAGAAUCUGCCGCCUUUUGC